AUGGCAUCGACGUUGCCAUCGAUUGAGGUUCGAGUUAAUUGGAACGAAUUGCCCAAGGUUUGUCCAUUCUCAGCAGAGCGCAUUUGUAUUGCCAAUCAGAUCGAGCAGAAAAUCAUCGAGAACUUGCGGGCGAUCAACGUGCGAAACAUUGCCGAAGCCGACGUCGUUCUGUUCAAAAAACAUGGGGUGGGAUUGAAAAGACUCGCCGCUCAAAAAUUCGUCUUCUCUAGGAAAUCCACGUCAGAAUCGAGUUGAAACCGUUCGAGUUUCCGGAUACCGAGCGGACCAAAGGGGUCAGUCUCCGAAGCGCCGUUCCGUUUCCACAACAUCUUUGCAGACGCAGGCCAACACGAUUCCGUUGGUGGGCGAGCAUUCGGUCGAGUGCACGAGCCUGCUGUUCCGCCAGGAGAAGGCCAUCAAGAGACGUCGUCGCCUGCGAGUCUCCACUGGAAUUCAGACGAUCGCUACCCCCAAAAAAUGA